GACGAUAAAUUGUGCUGCCUGCUGCUGAAAUAAAUCACCGCGUUUUCCUGUAAACCAAAGACUGUCCGCGUUAGAAAUGUCCUCUCUGGAAGUUCGCAGUGCGCUUCUAGCCGCAAACAACCCACCGAAGAUGGGUAAAACCACUGCAGCGCCUUCGAGGAGAGCUGCCCUGGGAGAGCUCACCAACUUUCCCGGAGCAGCAGUCAACACAAAGAAGAGGGGACCUGCCAAAGCAUCAGGUGUCCAAAAAGUGAAGCCCACUGUGGCAGUGAUUCCAGUCGUCCACGUCCCAGCAGCUGCAGAGCCUAUUCCUUCAGUGCCAGAGGAGUCAGCUGACAUGUCCAUGAAGGCAGAGGAGGAGCUGUGCCAGGCUUUCUCUGAGACACUGCUGGCUGUGCAGGACAUCGAUGAGCAGGACGCAGACCAGCCACAGCUCUGCUCAGAAUACGUCAAAGAUAUUUAUAAAUAUCUGCACACCCUGGAGGUGCAGCAGGCUGUUCGAGCCAACUACAUGCAGGGCUAUGAAAUCACAGAGCGCAUGCGAGCUCUUCUGAUCGACUGGCUGGUCCAGGUCCACGCCAGGUUCCAGCUGCUGCAGGAGACUCUGUACCUCACAGUUGCUGUCCUGGACCGUUUUCUGCAGGUCCAGCCGGUGUCUCGCAGGAAGCUGCAGCUGGUUGGAGUGACUGCCAUGCUGGUGGCCUGUAAAUAUGAGGAGAUGUACGCUCCUGAGGUCGGAGACUUUGCCUACAUCACAGACAACGCCUUCACAAAGUCUCAGAUUCUGGAGAUGGAGCAGCUGGUUUUGAGGAGCCUCAACUUUCAGCUGGGACGUCCACUCCCGCUACACUUCCUCAGACGGGCUUCAAAGGUGGCAAAUUCUGAUGUAGAGAGACACACUCUGGCCAAGUAUCUGAUGGAGCUGACCCUCCUCGACUACGACAUGGUUCACUAUCGGCCCUCUGAGAUCGCUGCUGCCUCCCUGUGUCUCUCCCAGCUGCUGCUCGACGGGCUGCCAUGGUCUCCCACACAGCAGCACUACUCCACGUACGACGAGGCCCACCUGAAGCCCAUCAUGCAGCACAUCGCCAAAAACGUUGUGAUGGUAAACGAGGGGAAAACGAAGUUCCAGGCCGUCAAGAACAAAUACUCAAGCAGCAAACUGAUGAAGAUCAGCCUCGUCCCUCAGCUGAAGUCGCCCAUCGUCGAGAAGAUGGCGGCUGCUCUGCUCAGCAAUCCCUGAGAAAUGUUUACAUUUCAUCCGCGGACGUUUCACUUGCACUUUAUUCAAAGUUUUAUCCCAACCCGUGGACAAACUUCACUGGGUUUUUAUUAAGAUGUUUUCAUCGGAGCUCCAUGCUUUACUUGAAAUUUUGGACACUAUCCUGUUUUUCCAGAAUCUUUUUGUGAUCCACCUGAUUCAUCUUCAGUGUACCUUGAACUGCAUCAUGUCAGUCAAGCCUGAGCUCCCGUUCAGGUUUGUUGGCAACCAGCUUCUGAGGCAGAAACCUUGUGAAGAACUUUCUGUUACAAACUUUAAACAGCUGAUUUUUAUGGUGCUGGGAGACAGCAUUGAUCUCCGUAUCCAGAGCUAACUUGAUGUCCAGCAGGUUCUCAGUGUUCCAGGUGGCUGUGCAUCUGAUUUCUCAUGUUCAGCGUCUCCUUCUGAUGGACUUUCUGCUGCCAAGCCUCCACGACCUGUCCAGAGUUCUCUCCAGCUCCUGAACAACCUGUUUUAUUCUGCUUCAAGAAGUCUGUGCUGUAAACUGGAUGCAACAACUUCAUGCACUGUGUUUUAUCAAAUGUAAAUUAAGUGUUUUCUUAAGUGCCUUUAUUUGUUUCUGAAAUAUACUCAAUAGUUUUAUUGUGUGUUCUUGAAUUUUAGUGUCAAGUUUCAGAUCUUGGACGUUGUGGUACAUCUGCCUUGCUCAAAAAGCUAAAUAAAAAUGUUUUAGUUUA